CCCCGGCAGAAGUAGCUUUGUUAUGGGCUGUUCAGCACCCUGCACUUCAGUGGUCCUUUCGAAAUGGCGGACGCCGAUUCUUGGGAUGCUGACAGUUUUGAGCCAGAAGAACCCAUCAAGAAGGCUUCAGUGCAUGACAAGUGGGAAGGCGAGGAUGAGGACGAAGACGUUAAAGAUAAUUGGGAUGACGAAGAGGAGGAAGAAGAAAAGGUGACAGAGACAAAAACAGCUGCAGUCACAAAGCCAUCAGAGAAGAAAAAACUAAGCGAUAAAAUCAAAGAGAAGGAGAGUUUACAGAAGAAAAAACAAGAGGAGUUUCGAAAGCAGUUAGAGGAAUCUAAAGACAGCACAGAAUGCACACCUGAGGAGGAGUUGGCGGAAAAACUUAGAGUGAAGAAGCUUCAGGAGGAUUCAGAUUUGGAACUAGCCAAAGAUGCUUUUGGCAUCGUAUCGAAUAACGUAACAGGAAUAGACGCCAUGAGCCCUUCCUCCAAAGAUGACUUUACAGAGUUUGAGCGGUUGCUGAAAGAGAAAAUCUCUCUCUAUGAGAAGUCUAUACACUAUUCCAGCUUCUUGGAGUCACUGUUCAGAGACCUGUGUCUUUCACUGGAAGUUGAAGAUUUGAAGAAAAUCAACAACUCGCUCACAGUGUUACUCAGUGAGAAGCAGAGGCAAGAAAAGCAAAAUAAAGGAAAGAAGAAAAAGAAAGGCGGCUUACCAGGAGGUGGUUUAAAAGCCAAGAUGAAAGACGACUUCGAUGACUACGGCGAGUUCGACGGAGGUUACGCACAAGACUACGAGGAUUUCAUGUGACCCCUGCUUCGUAACCCAUCGUAUUCUUCGAGUGACGAAACCUACACCUCUACAGCGCAUGACCUCUCCCUCCAGCCAGACCCACUUCCCGAAUCGAGCUAGAAAACUGACCCAUAUCCCAUGUAACACACACUAGCCUAAGCUUAAGUGGUUUACUCUGAGAAAGACUUAAGUGAAGCAGGUUCUCUGGUUUUUUUUUUUUUAUUAUUAUUAUUGACUAGGUCAUUUCUAGUGUUGCCGCGGAGAAGAAAAAAAAAGAAGAAGGUCAGAAUCAGGUCCUUUUAGUGAAAGUUUGAAAGUGAGAACUGACCGACGUGGAACAGACGUGAAAGUGUACAAAAAAAGAAGAGUUUGACAGUGUUACUGUUUAAAAGAGCUACUUGACAUUACGAAUAAAUUUGACAUUCUAUGCAAAUUUCAGAAAUAAAUGUCUAUACGUUAUGUAUUUUGAAUACA